AUGGGGAAAGAUCUGAGCGACGAUCAGGUGUCAUCAAUGAAAGAGGCCUUCACGCUUUUCGACACCGACGGCGAUGGAAAGAUUGCCCCGAUGGAGCUCGGGAUCCUAAUGCGUUCACUCGGCGGGAACCCGACCCAGGCUCAACUCAAAUCCAUAAUUUCCGAAGAAAAACUCAAUUCCCCGUUUGAUUUCCCGCGAUUCCUCGACCUCAUGUCCAAGCACUUGAAGCCGGAGCCUUUUGACCGCCAGCUCCGUGACGCGUUCAAGAUGUUGGAUCCGAUGGCAAGAUCCGGUAUGAGGACUUCAUCGCUCGCAUGGUCGCCAAGUGAAAUGGUAACCCGGAAGUGCUGUCUGUAUUGUGCAUUCGUUCUCAUUAAGCAAGAACCUGAUCUACUUUUACAGUAG